AUGGGAGUACCCACCUUUUACAGAUGGCUAGUUACAAGGUAUCCAAAAAUAGCCAAAGCAGUUUACGAGACCAGAGAUAGUGAUGUAUAUUCAAGAAGAACAAAAUAUGAUGAGAAUGGAGAAUAUUUUAAAGUACACGAUUUAAAUGAUUAUGUUAAUAAUACAGAUGAAUUACAUUGUUCAGAUAAUAUCAAUGGAUAUUUUGAUAAUAUGUAUUUAGAUAUGAAUGGAAUUAUUCACCUAUGUUCACAUAGCGAUAAUAGUAAAAGAGCAAAAAGUAAUGAAGAAAUAUUUCUUAAUGUUUUUUUAUAUGUAGAAAGAUUAUUUGAUAUUAUAGAACCCAAGAAACUUCUUUAUAUGGCUAUUGAUGGUGUUGCACCUAAAGCAAAAAUGAAUCAACAAAGAAGUAGAAGAUUUAAAUCUAUAUCGUGUUCAGAAAUAGAAAAGAGAGCAUAUUUAGAAUUAAAGGAACGAUUUAUAGCUGAAAAUAAAAUGGUACCUGAGGAAACAACCUAUUGGGAUAGUAAUGUUAUAACUCCAGGUACUGAAUUUAUGCAUGAAUUAUCUAUUGCUUUAAAAUAUUUUAUUGAACACAAAAUUACAAAUGAUGAAAAAUGGAAAAAUGUUGUUGUUAUAUUUUCUGAUUCUAAUGUAUGCGGAGAAGGAGAACAUAAAAUAUUUAAUUUUAUAAAAUCGCAAAGAGCACAACCAGGUUAUGAUCCAAAUACUAGACAUGUAAUACACGGAAUGGAUGCUGAUUUAAUUAUGCUUUCUUUAGCUAGUCACGAACCAUAUUUUUAUAUAUUAAGAGAAAUUAUUGAUUUAGAUCCGAAAUCAGAAGAAAAAGAAAAAACGAAAAAAAAAGAGUAUGUAGGUAUGCUUAAAAGUUAUGAUGAUUUACAUUUCUGUACGAGAUAUGCUAAAAAAGAAAAAAAAUUAUUUAAUAAAUAUAAUGAUCCAAAUUAUGCUAAUGUUACCAUUAGUAAGAAUGCGUCACUUAAUUAUGAAUAUUGGAAUGAAUUGCAAAUUCUCGAUUUAACCAUAUUAAGAGAAUACUUAUUAAAAGAUCUGUUUUUUGAUACAAGCUUUAAUAUGGAAAGAUGUUUAGAUGAUUUUAUAUUUAUUUGUUUUUUUUGUGGAAAUGAUUUCUUACCUCAUUUACCAUCCAUUUCUAUAGCAGGAGGAAGUAUAGAUCAAUUAAUAUUAUUAUAUCAAAAGGUUCUACCAACAUUAGGAGAUUAUUUAAUUAAUGAAGGUUCUAUUAAUUUAAAAUCUUUUACAAAAUAUAUAUCUUUCAUAGCAGAGGUGGAAAGGGAAACCUUUGUUUCUCAAUAUGAUUUCAAGAAGAAAAGAGAAAAAAGGGAAUUACAACAAAAGGAUUCAUUAAAAAGAGCGAAAUGUGUAGAUGAUCCAACAGAUCAGGUUCUACAGUAUUUAGAAAAAUCAGAUGUAAACAACAAGACAAAUAAAGCUCAACAAGGUGAAAUUAAUACUCAUAAAGAACCUAAUAGUAUGUUACCAAAUAAAUCGGAAAAUAUUACAACUCCUGCAACUAGUCUUGUUUCAAAAAAAAUGUUAUAUGAAAGUAAAAUUCAAAGUAUGCAGCCUAUGAGAAAUAUUAAGUAUAAAGAUAAGAAAGGUGAAAAAAGUAUUAAUUUUCUAGUUCGCCCUGUAUCAAAUGUUGAGAAACCUAUAAAUAAUGAGCAAGAGGAAGAUCACUCAUUGAAUAGUGAUUUGUUACAAAAAGGUGAAACAUUUGUUAAUAAUGAUACAUUACAAGAUGGUGAUACCCUACAAAAUAAUAAUAAUAAUGAUAAUAAUAAUGAUAAUACUAAUGAACAUAAUAAUAAUAAUAAUGAUAAUAGUUUAUUUUCUAAUAACGAUAUAUUCUCAAAUAAUGAUGCAUGUUCAAAUAAUGACACGUGUUCUAAUAAUGAUACAUUAUCGAAUACUGAGGUGUUACCAAAAGAUUCUUAUGAUGAAAAUAAAAAAUUAGAUGAUAUUAACGAAUUCAAUUUAUUAUUAAAAGAAGCUAUUAAAAAAGCAAACGAAUGUGAAAAUCCAAAAGAGGAUGUAGAAUUAGGAGGAGAUGAAAAUCCAGAUAUUAUAAGAAUGAAAUAUUAUAAAUCUAAAUUUCAUUUAGAUGAUAAUGAUGCUAUAGAAGAUUUUAUUAAAGAUGUUGUUUAUAAAUAUGUUGAAGGAUUAGCUUGGGUUCUGGCAUAUUAUUUUCAAUCUUGUCCUAUGUGGCAUUGGUAUUAUCCAUAUUAUUAUGCUCCAUUAUCAUCAGAUUUAAUUGUUGAUAAUAUAACCUUUAAUUUUGAAAAAGAUGAACCAUUAUUACCAUUCGAACAAUUAUUAUGUGUCUUACCAGCUAAUUCAAGCCAUUGUUUACCAAAAAUGUAUAAACAAUUAAUGUUACAUAAAGAUUCACCUAUUAUCGAUUUUUAUCCUCAUACUUUUAAAGAAGAACAAAAUGGAAAAAAAUAUAAAUACCAAUGGAUUAUAUUACUUCCAUUUGUUGAUAAGGAGAGAAUAAUUAAACACGCAAGACCUUUACAUGAUACAUUAAAUAAUGAUGAAAAAAAAAGAAAUAGGAGGGGUCUCAAUAAAAUAUAUGUUAGCUCAAAUCAUCCAUUAUCGAAAACAAUAACAAAAUCUAUUAAAAAUUAUUUAAAAGAAGUUAAAGAAAAGGAAUCAUUAAAAAAUGAAGAUGCAUUAAUAAAUAUGCAAAAUAAAGAAGAUAUUGAAAAUUUCCAUAAUGCUGAACGAAAUGAAGCUAAUAUGAAUGAUGAACAACAAGAUAAUGAACAAAAGGACACUGUAAGUAAUAAUAAUAAUAAUAAUAAUAAUAAUGAAAAUCAAAAUAUAAUCAACAAAAAUGAUAACAAUAACAACAACAACAACAAGAACAAUACAUAUGAUGUUUAUUUUAAAAAUAUGAAUAUAACCAUUCCAAUAACUACCAACAGAAAUAUUAAUCUCUUUGGAUAUUUAAAUUGUAAACAUGAAGAAAGUGAUGUACAUAUACUUAAAAAAAUAUUUAAAUUCUCAUCGAACUUUUCAUCAACUUGUAAUAGUGCUUUCUAUUUACAACCAGAAUUUGAAAAACAUUCAUCAGCACUCUUGAAGAACCAUAUUAGACCCAAAAAUGUUUUAAAUGUACUAGAUAUAAAUAACGAAGAAAGAAAAUUAAGAUUUAACGCACCAGCUGCUAAAAGGAUGAUUUUAAAUAGUUUAAGCAAUAAUCAUCCACAAAUCUAUUCUUUCACGAAAUAUAACCAAUCAAGAAAUCAAGAAACGAAUCAUCAUUAUCAUAAUCCUAAUCAUUAUUCAAAUGAUCCUAGGUUAAAUAAUGCUUACCAUUAUAAUAAUAAAGUAAGAGAUAAUAUGCAAAAUUAUAAUAAUAGUGCAAAUUAUAAUUAUACAAAGACACCAAAAAAUUAUAAUUAUCAUCAUAAUCAAAAUUUCCAAGAUCAAAAUUAUAAUAAUAACUUCCCAAACUUGUCACAUAAAAAUAAUAAUAUGUAUCAAAUGCCAAAAAAAAAUCUCACAUAUUCACAUGAACAUAAAAAAGAUGUAACUUAUAAUAAUUAUAAUAAUUCUAGAAAUACAUAUAAUAAAGAUAACACAAAUUACGAAUCCCCAUAUAACGUGUCAUACAAUUCGCAUUAUAAUAAUAAUAAUUAUAUCAAGCAUAAAAAUGAUCCCAAGUCAUUCUCAAAUAAUAAUAUAUAUAAUAAUAAUCCCGCUCAUAGUUAUCAUCAUAAUAAUUAUAAAAACUAUAGUAAUAAUUAUCAUAAUUACCACAACGAAGGAAAUUAUUAUAAAAAGGAUCCCUACCAUAACAACAGCAGCAAUAAUAAUAAUAACACAACUGGAACCAAUAAAAAAAAUAACUACUAUAAUAAUAGAUCAAUGCCUUAUAAGGAUAAAUGA